CAACACCCAUUGUUUAUUGCUGUUAUCGCACAUUGUUAGACAUUCCGUGGGUAUCAUAUUUCUCUGCCGCAGUGUUAUAAACGAGUCGUUGUCCUUUUGGGAUAGGACAGCAUAGCCAUGAUAAUAAAGCUGAACCCUUGUCGGCUCCAGGUCAAAUAGCUCCGGUUAUAUUACCGGACGCAUCAUGUUCUUGAAUUAGCUCCGCUGGUCUGCCAUUGUGCAGAGGAGCAGGCAAGAUGGAGGCUGUAUGGUCAGGUGCCGGGGGCGGGCUGGGGGUACCGGGUACGUACGGAGACGUGCCCCUAACACCGAGGACGCUUCAACGGAACUUUUCUGCCUGGUUUCGGAGUCAGCCACCCCGCUGGAAGGACGUCUCACCGUCUGGCAGACGGAAGAUCCCGCAAAGAUUCUUGUCAUCCCACUUGAACAGAGUCAUCAUCAAUGUGAGCGGGAUGCGCAUCGAAACACAGCUGGACACACUAGACCGCUACCCUAACACACUUCUGGGUAACAGGGAGAAAAGACGGAAGUACUACGAUCCGGUAAAAAGAGAAUAUUUCUUUGACCGUCAUCGUCCCAGCGCGGAGGCCAUACUCGCCUUCUACCAGACGCACGGAACGCUGACGCGGCCGUUUGAAGUGCCACUGGACGUGUUCACAGACGAGCUGAAAUUCUUCGAGAUUGACCCCGAGUCUAUAGCCGAAAUCCGCGCUGCAGAGGGAUUCGUCAAGGCAAAGGUGCGAAAAAGUCCCCAGAGUGAGACACAGAGAAAAGUCUGGGAGAUGACGGACUGCAGCCCUGAUAAGUUCCGAAAAGCCAAGGUAUUCUCGUACCUGUGUAUUUUCUUCACCCUUUUAUCAACAGGCGCCCUCUGUGCAGAGUCGCUGCCGGCUUUAUCCGGUGUCCUUACUGAUGAACACACUCGAUUCACAAACCCCUUUUUUGUCAUAGAAGCUGUGUCUGCCGUCUUCUUUGCAAUAGAGGUCUCGCUUCGACUUUACAGUAGUCCAGAUAUCCGCAAAUAUACCCGAACAAAACUCGGACUCCUCGACCUCGCCUCCGUAGUGCCGGUGGUGGUGAACGCCAUCGUUCUAUCACAGGUACGAGACGCGGGCACCGUGAGCACGGUCCUGCGGUACAUGCGGUUCCUGCGCUCCCUCAGAGUCUUCAAGUUGUCCCGGUACUCCAGAGGACUGAGAAUUAUCGGCCAGGCUCUGGCAAGCAGUUCUAAUGACAUAGCCAUGCUCCUGUUCUUCAUGGCGAUCCUCAUCGUCCUGUUCGCUGCCGGGAUGUACUUUGUGGAGGUGAACGUUCCCGGGACAGCUUACACCAGCAUCCCGGACGGCUUCUGGUGGGCACUCGUUACCAUGGUAACGCUCGGAUAUGGCGAUAUGUACCCUACCACCGGACUGGGCAAAUUCAUCGGUUCCCUUUUAGCGCUAGCCGGGAUCCUGACCAUCGCCCUCCCCGUGCCCAUCAUCGUGACCAGGUUUGACGUCAUCUACAACACGAAGGAGGACCCGCCGGAGGAGGAGGAGGAGGGGGAGGAGGCGGCGGAGGAGAUGGAGGACGCCGAGCCGCGCAUGCCCGAGUCAAUGGUCUCAUCAGACAGACUGAUUCCUGAGAUGAUCAUCACUGACUGCGGUUAAGCACCGCGGUCAAACUAAAACACUAAAACUGACU